AUGGCAAAAGAAAUGGGGAGGGAUGAUUUUGAAACUAAAAGAAGUGGACUAAGAGAACUAAGAGUUAGAAAACAAGAACAAAAUGAAAAAGAAGAAGAAGAGCUUCCUGUGAGUCCUCUAGGACAAUAUUUGAACAGUUCGAUACUUUCAAUCAGUGUUAUUACUGUUUUAGAAUUAGAAGUUGAAAUCGAUCACACUCGAGCAGUCCCCUGUCUCCGCCAAUUGUUUCUCCCAAUCAAUCCACGUUUCUCCUCCAUCAUGGUGGAAGAUAUAAAUGGAGUUAAACGAUGGAAGAAGGUUGAGGUAAAUUUAGAAGAGCACGUCUACAUACCAAGCUUCUCAUAUGGAAAAUCAGCAGAAUUCUACGAAGACUGUUUGAGAGACUACUUAACAAAAUUAGCUGGGGAAGAGCUUCAAUCCACAAGACCCUUGUGGGAGCUUCACAUAAUCAAAUACCCAACAACUAAUGCACCUAACACUUUAAUUUUCAAGCUUCAUCAUUCACUUGGUGAUGGCUACUCUCUCAUGGGAGCUCUCUUUUCUUCUUUGCGACGAGCAGAUGAUCCUUCUCUUCCAAUUACUUUCCCUUAUGUUCGAAUGCGUUCGAAUUCUACUCUAGAUCCUCCCACUCACUAUUUUAAUACAUUUAUUCCUAAUUUUUUCUAUUCGUUCGUCAACACUAUCUCUGAUUUUGUCGAAAGCAUCAUCAAAAGUAAAUUCAAAAAAGAUGAUAUUACACCAUUAAGAUCCGCCCACCCUCAUCUUCAUCCCAUGAUCAUUACCACUAUCCCUUUCUCUCUUCUUCAUAUUAAACAAAUAAAAGACAUUCUUGGAGCAACGGUAAACGACGUGAUAACGGGAGUGAUUUUAUUGGGAUGUCGACUUUACGUGCAAGAAUUAGAACCCACACCAUCAACUAAAACAGAUUCAACGGCGUUAGUUUUGUUGAAUACCAGGAUGACCAGAAGUUACAAAUCAGUGAAGGAGAUGAUCAAAAACGGCACCGACUCACCGUGGGGAAACCAUUUUGCCUUCUUGUGCGUUCCAAUACCUCAUCUUCAGGAUGCGUCAGAUAAUCGGCUUGAAUAUAUCAGACAAGUGAGAAAAAUCAUUGCUGGGAAGAGAAGCUCGUCGGCGGUUUAUCUCACGGCCUGGUUGCUAGAGGCUGUAAAGAGAAUUCGAGGCCCUGAGGCAGCCUCUAAAUACGUAUAUGACACAUUGAAAAACUCAAGCAUGUGUAUCACGAAUAUGGUGGGGCCAAAGGAGAAGAUGGCUUUGGCAGAUUAUCCAAUUAAAGGCUUGUACUUCAUGCCAGUAGGCAGUCCUCAGAGUCUGAUGAUAAGUAUAAUGAGCUAUAAUGGAGAGCCGAGAGUAGGAGUGGGAGCAGAGAAAGGAUACAUAGAUUUGGACAAGUUCAAGUCAUGCAUACAAAAGGCGUUUGAGAUUAUACUCCAAGCUGCUAUAUCUUAAUUAUAAUUAAUUAAGCAUCUGUUUAGAUUUUAACAAUCAAACAAGUUAAUUAAUGU